CAUCAGCAGACUCUACUGAACCAGCUGAGGGAGGUCACAGGCACCACAGACGUGCAGCUGCUCCAGCAGGCCCUGCAGGUAACACACACACAAACACAGAGGCCCUGUGGUGCGGCUGCAGUGAUGUUAGAAUGACUCACACAUCUCCCCAAUUCCCCUAUCUAAUUCCCCUCUUUUUAGAUCUCUCAAUUUGCAAUGUCUGAUCGUGUUGAUAUUUAGUCCGACACAAGGUUGUUUAAAAUAGUCAAUCUUUCCCUCUUGCUGAUACUGGUUUUCAGGGAUGCAUUUCAUUUAUUUGACACAGUUUAAAAUGUUACUGUUUAGUGUUUAUGUUCUAAAAUCUCCAGUGAGAGUUCUGUAAAUUAUUUAUUUUCCACCAAUUAAUCAGCCCAUAAGCUUUAUUGAUCUCCCAGAAUAAGUGUGUGUUGACAGUCUACAUCUCAACCAGUCUCUGACUGUCUAGCUCUAACACUGCUGUCCCUGCAGGUCAGUCAUGGAGACCUGGCGGAAGCGGUGGCCUUUCUGACGGAGAAGAACGCCAAGGUGCCCCAGCAGGAUGAGGACACCUACUACCAAACCACCCAGGUGGGCAACGACAGAUACAUCAGCGUUGGCAGCCAGGCAGACACCAGUGAGUACCUACCUCACCCAGCACUGCCUGGGGCAGGCCCUAGCCAGGGAGAUACUAGUGAGUACCACUACCUACCUCAUCUCAUGUGUAUGCAUAAGAAAAAAUCUGUAGGCCUCAAUCCUGAAUAUACUGUAUGUGAAUGAUUAACACUACUGUCUCCCCUGAUUCCAUUUCUAUCAUAUUUUGCCAAUCGUUCCCAUUCAUUUUGGUAUUGAAGCUCUAAGUGAGCAGUUAACAUUGCAUGAAGGUCUGAGUGGGAUGGCUGUUAGCAGGAUGCCUCCUGGCUCUCAUGCAAGACAGGGGGUUAUUUUGUUGAAAUUACAUGGUGUCAUCUCUGGGGAAUUUUCUGAGAUGGGUACGAGAAGUCCUGCAGAGGCAUAUCCUUUUCUGUUCAGGAACACCGGAGAAGGUCAUAUAUCCUGACACGCCCCUUUGACUUUAAUGCAUGAGUGGCCUGAUUUAAUGAACUUACACGCUUCCUUGGAUACAUGUCAAAUAAGGAAAACAACCUAGCUAACCCAGUUUAUGGAGUAUAGAGUAGUCUGGAGGGAGGGGAAAACCAUGUUGCUCCAUUUACUACUCUGAUGAUGACUAACCUUUUGUCUUUUUAUAGGCUUUUCUAAUAUUAAAAGCUACUGUACACUACUAAGCUCUCCUCUUCCCUUUGUGUCGUUUUACGCUGUGAUAAAAAGGAUAUGGUCGGUUUGCCCUUUCCCCUGACACUUAUGUGAGAGGGAUUAUAAAGUCAGUAAGGCCUGAAUCUUAACUUGUAAUCUGUGUACUUAACUCAAUUUCAGCAUAGAAUUAUGACACGUGUCAUCUGCAUUGUUGGUUAAGGGCUUGUAAGUAAGCAUUUCACUGUAAGGUCUACACCUGUUGUAUUCGGCACAUGUGACAAAUACAAUUUGAUUUGAUGUAUGUAUUAAAGGACUACGCGUGUGUUGUUUCAGAUGUUAUUGACCUGACAGGCGAUGACAAGGAUGACCUCCAGAGGGCCAUCGCUCUCAGCCUGGAGGAGUCCAGCCGGGCCUUCAGGGAGACGGGCAUCACCGACGAGGAGCAGGCCAUCAGCAGGUAGACUGGGCUCAACACCACCACCAUGCUAUUGGCUGGGCUGAGCGGAGAGGAGGAGCAUACUGGGAGUUGGAAUGUUUGUUUGAAUGGUGAAAGGUCAACAUUAUGCGCAUUCGAAUCAGAUUGAACAAGGCACUGUGCAGAUUUGCUUAUCUUUGUUUUGUAGAGUUGCUAAAUGUCAACAUUAUGCUUUGUUGGGGUUUUGCACAUAAUAAAUGUUAUUUGAUUAAAGUGGGGGUAUUUUUAGACUGGUUGUGUUGUACUCUUUGCAGAGUUCUGGAGGCCAGUAUAGCAGAGAACAAGGCAAGCCUGAAGCGGACACACACGGAAGUGUGGAGUGACUCGCCCAAUCCCCAUGACAGGAAGAGAAUGGAGAACUGCCCUGUGGGUCUCAAGAACGUGGGCAACACCUGCUGGUUCAGUGCCGUCAUCCAGGUGGAGACACAACACAAACACACACCCUUCAUACAACGCAAAGCAUCCUAUAUCAAUGUUAUUCAUUAGAUAUAGACCCUCUAUUUACAAUUACAUUAGUGUACUAGAGCUCUUUCCAGCCCUGCCUGUCAUAAGGUAUGGAUUAUGUUGUUACUCUAAAGAUCCCCUGGUAGAGGGCAAAGUGAGCAGAAAUAUGCUGGAUGAGUACUGGAUACAGCUUCACAUGGUCCCUGCCCCUAUGUGUAAUGGGACUCUUAAAGGAGACAGCACAGUCACACGUUUCAGCUCCUUCUGUUCCCAGAAUUAGAGAUUUACUGAAAUCAGAUGAUGAAAUGAAGUGAUAACUCCACUAAUCUUACUUAUUUCCUAAUUAUUUAAUCCUUUUAUCAAAAGGAUUGGAAGUUUGGUUUGUAACUUCAAACUUGGUCACAUCACUCCGCUAACAUCCUUUUGUAAUUUAUCAUACCAAUACAGCAUUUCAACAGCUAGCAGUAACAGGGUGAUAACAUCCAUAGUAAAAACCGAUGUUGACCACCUCACUAUAUAGGAACUUCCAUGAUCUCUUUUGAUAUUGCAAAAAUGUUUAAUGCUGGUUGAAAGCUAAAUGAAUGUCACUCAGUAAAACUGACUAUUUUCUCUUUGUCUGCUUGUUUCCAGUCCCUGUUCAACCUGCUGGAGUUCCAGAGGCUGGUGCUGCACUAUUCUCCUCCUGCCAGAGUCCAGGACCUUCCUCGCAACCAGAAGGUGAACCACCACCACCCACCCAAACAACCCAUAUCAACACUCAGCAGUGAGGCUUAGGCCCAAAAACCCCUGACCAAUAUGUUGCAGAGAUAGUGGCACUGGAACACAGGUUAAACCUUAUAGGCGACAGCCAGGGAAAGGUCCGGUUAGCUCUCUCCCCCGAGUACUAGACUUGUGUCCUUUGAGACCCAUGGCUCCUCAGCUGGACAGCUAUCCCUCCUGUUAGCCUCUGAGCUGGGCUCUGGCACUGAGGUCCUGGCCCUGUGAUGAGAGACUCGACCUUCUGGGUUGUAAAUCAAUGCCCUCACUGAGCAACAGCUCUAUUUGGUUGCAGUGUGAGCUGAUCUUGCCUCAGGUUCCAGUGGUUCACACUGCCCACUGACUGCCCAGUUGAUUCACUACCUCUAGACCAGGGGUGUCAAACUCAUUUUAGCUCAGGGGCCACAUGGAGGAAAAUCUAUUCCCAAGUGGGCCGGACCGGAAAAAUCAUGGUAUAUAUAACUUAAAAACAACAACUUCAGAUUGUUUUCUUUGUUUUAAUACGAUCAACAUACAACAUAAAGCUGGAGCCUGAGGACAGUGUGUCCAAAAUAGUACAAGCACAACAUCACUAUUAAUCAUAAAACACGUCAAGUUUAUUUGAAAAUUCUAAAGAAAAAGAACACACAAACACACAAUGCCUCAGUGAUUAACAGAACUGUUUCACAGAUCACAGAACUAUAUCAGGGUGUCAUUUCUCAGGCAGAAAUGUAGAUAAAAAUAAUGAAAUCCUGUUCCCCAAACAAGUGCAAGAACCACAGAGUCAAGAAUAGGUUAAAUAUACAAAUAAAAUAAAAACAAUUAAAAACAAUAGCACAUCAACAUAUAAACAUAAAGCUGGAGCCUGAGGACAGUGUCCAAAAGCACAACAUCAUUAUUAAUCAUAAAACACCUCAAGUUAUUUGAAAGUUCUGAGGACAAAAAACACACAAACACACAAUGCCUCAGUGAUUAACAGAACUGUUUCACAGAUCACAUAACUAUAUCAGGGUGUCAUUUCUCAGGCAGAAAUGUAGAUAAAAAGAAUGAAAUCCUGUUCACCAAACAAGUGCAAGAACCACAGAGUCAAGAAUAGGUUAAAUAUACAAAUAAAAUCAAUUAAAAACAAUAGCACAUCAACAUAAAAACAUAUAAACAUAAAUCUGAAAGCGUUGCUCAAACUCCCGUAACAGUCCCGUUAUUUUAUCUUUGAACCGCUUCAUGUCUGCCACAUGUUGGGUCGCGCACACAUUUUUCAGACAGGGGAAGUGAGCUGCAUCACCACCGGCAAGUUGCGUCUCCCACAAUGACAGCUUCAACUUGAAAGAACGUAUGCUGUCAUAAUACUGCGUGACAACUUUGUUGUGCCCUUGCAGCUGUUUGUUCAAGUUAUUCAGGUGCUCUGUAACAUCCACCAUAAAUGCAAGGUCCGGCAUCCAUUCUGCGGAAUGAAAUUCUAACACUGGUUUGCCCUUUUCUUCCAUGAACUGUUCAAUUUCUUCUCGUAAAUCAAAGAAACGCCUCAGCACAGCACCUCGGCUUAACCAUCUUACCUCAGUGUGGUAUGGCAGGCCAUAGAUGUGGUCUUUCUCUCUGAGAAGGCUGUCAAACUGACGGUGAUUCAGGCUUCUGGAUCGGAUGAAAUUAACAGUUUGGAUGACCACCUUCAUGACGUUAUCCAUCUUUAAUGACUUGCAACACAAAGCCUCCUGGUGCAAAAUACAGUGAAAAGUCAAAAAAUCACAUCCUCCAUUUGCAGAUUGCAACUGUGUUUCUUGUCAGGCUGAUAUUUGCAAAAGACUGCCGCUUUUCAGGGCACACAAUCUCCGCUGCCUUCAUCAUGCAUGUUUUUACAAAUUCACCCUCACUAAAUGGUUUUGAAGCCACUGCGAUUUCAUUAGCAAUGAGGUAGCUAUCUUUCACUGCAGCGUCACUGAUGUCUCGGCUGUGAGUAAACACAGACUGCUGUUUCUUCAGACCCGCCAACAGUUCAUUCACCUUCUCUCAUCUCCACUGUCCUUGAAAGUUGUCAUAUUUGUCGGCAUGAAGACUCACAUAGUGGCGACGAAGGUUAUAUUCUUUCAGCACUGCAACAUGCUCUGAACACACCAAACAUACAGCUUUCCCAUUCAAUUCCGUGAUUAAAUAGGAUGACAAUUUUUCUUGGAACACUCUGCACUCUGCGUCCACUUUUCUAUUUUUUGACAGAGACAUAUUGGGGCAAUGAGGGUUCCAAAGCACAUAAUGUUAAAAGUAGAAGCCGUAAUAAAUAUCGCGGGCAAAACAAAGUAGCUCAUUGGCUGCACGUGCUUGACCUACUUGCUCUGCCCCGGUAUAAACAGUUUGCUUGCUUAACACAAUUGCUAUUGCGCCAUCCAGUGGACGCAAUUGGAACAGCAGUUUAUUUUAUUGAAAAAUUGCAGCGCAUUUUUAUACUUUACAAUUAUUAUUAUUUUUUAUUUAUUUUUUUUAUCAUCUCGCGGGCCGGAUUAAACCCGUUUGCGGGCCUGAUCUGGCCCGCGGGCCGUACGUUUGACACCCCUGCUCUAGACCCAGCCACAGGGAGGAUGGAUGGAGAGGAUUUGAUGAAGCACGCUGUAGCCCUAGCUGUUCCCUCUCUGACACACCCAACAGUGACCAUAACCCGUGACUCACACCAGCUCAGCCCCCCCCCCCUUGUUGUCUGCACAGCAGUGUUUCCACUGCACUCAUUUUGCUGUGGUGCUGCGCCACUGCAAAAUCAUUCCCGCCACGCUGAGGCGCAUUUUGAAGAUGCUAGAACAUUCCACAUCUACUUUUCAUCUGCAAACAAAACGAGUAAAUAAUAGAAAAAUCUAACAACCCCAUAGUAGAAAAGUUUACAUUUUUACCUAGUAGGCUUAUUGUGUUCUAUGCUAGAUAAAUAUUCCUCUCGUGGCGCAUUCAUGUUAUAAGCGCCAUAGGGAGAGAAACAUGCAUUCUGACUAUGCACAACAAUUCUUGCAAUCGUAAAAACAGGAGUUUUAAUGGCUUUUGUUAAAAAGAGGGGAAUCCCAGCUUUCCAUUCCUACUUUAUUUAUUUCUCCACUCCUAAAUAUGCGCGAAUUGCGCCAUUUUAAACCCAGGGUUUUUAGCAUGUUACCGAGCUGCAAUUUGCAGUGAGUGCAUAGGAGAGAGUGGGGCUAAAUGUAACACCGGUCAAUUGUAGGGGGAUAAAAUAAUUUAUUUAGAAUGACUUAAAAAAGUGUGGCGAGUUACCCUAACAGGUAGGCCUACAUUAUAUUCAGUGUUUAUGCAAGUUUUUUUGGGACAUAAAAUUCAUCAAUAUGAUAAUAACUAGUUAAAAGAUCACAUUUGAGAUGGCUAAUGAUUAGCCCAAUAGGGUAAAUGCAGAUAGGCAACCCCAUGCUUCAGCCUAUUUAUUUGCACUUUGCUGCAUCAGUUGGGCUAAAGGUUAUAAUGUUUAUUGCUAAUAGCAUAUCUGAUAAUAUGGACCAUGCAUAGGCUAUAUAUUGUACAUGGCCCAAUAUGUUAAUCAUUUUAGCAAUGUGUUAUUGGGUUAAUUUCUGGAGGUGAAAUUCUAUUUUAGAUGAUGUCAGCAUACUUAUUUUCAUUCAUUUUGGAGUAGAAUGUCCUUUUAAAAAGUCACCAGAACUGAGCUCCUCAGUCCUUCUAGAUAAGAAUUAUAGGAGGGACCCCCCUCCCCCCUUCAACCCCCUCCGCGACCCAUUCCCCCCACUGCUACACAUUUUUCCAGAGGAUACACUGCUGCACAGCAUGUUUCUCCCAACCGCUUCCCAUGGUUUGUGGGUAGCGCACAUCCGCUAAUCUGGGCUAAGCCUCUGCUGCUGUUGCUAUGUUGCGCCAGUCAUCUUGGGGUCUUAGUCUCUAGUCCCUCUGCCUAAUAUCACUGACCCACUCCUGAACCAACGGAGGAGGGACACUUCUAGGGCUUAGGCUCUAAUCGCGCACAAAGAGGGCACUAAUGCAAGGUUUUCUUUUAAUUGCUCUGUUUGUCAAUGACGCUCGACUUCGAAGUAAGGCUUUUCCUUUGCCGGUGUCACAUAAGUGUCCAUUUCUUUUUGUCACAGAUAUGGGCUUGAGCAAUGAGUCCUCUGUGUUCUCAACACGCACCAUAGGCUUGAUGUGUAAUUUAGAACUUAUUCAUUCAUUGGUAGUAGUUGUGGUGCAGCCAGCCAGUCCUGCUGUAUGUAGAGCAGUGGAGGACUCCCUCUGGUUAUCACAUCUCACGCCAGCUCCAGCUCACAGAUUUACUGGGUCAGCGCAGCAUUACUAGGCUCCAAUAGAAAAGCACAUUCCCUUGCAUAAACUGGGGAAAUACUCCUCUUUCAUAUAUUGAUGGGCACACCACCACCAUCAUAAAGCAUAGAAUUUGAAAAAAUUAUAAUGGGUAUUAUAGUAUUACUUCUUAAUUCAGUCACCAUGGUCUGAAAGAUGGUUGACAUAAAAACCCUGGAAUUUGACAGAGAUUUGGAAACCCGUAUUCCCUUGCUCUAGAAGGCGGGUUGUCAUGAUAACUAAUGUCCCUGUGUGUGUGUGUGUGUGUGGUUCCCGGUUGUCGUUCCGUAGGAGCACAGAAACCUGCCCUUCAUGCAGGAGCUUAGGAAUCUGUUCUCCCUCAUGGUGGGUUCUAAGAGGAAGUACGUGGACCCGUCGUGUGCCGUGGAGAUCCUCAAGGACGCCUUCAAGUCCAGCGAGUCUCAGCAGGUAAACAUCCUAGCUAUCACUCUGUAAAACCUGCUAAGGUAAACCAAUCGAUCUGUCCAUGAAAUGUACUUAUAAAGCCCUUUUUACAACAGUUAUCACAAAGGGCUUUACAUUAGUCCGGUCUAGACCCCCCAAAAAAGCAAGCAAACAGCAGAGUGGAAAUACAAAUUCAAAAUGAUUCUUAACGUUUGGGAAACCCUGCACUACAAGAGCAUGGUGUGCUUGCCUGCGGAGCAGCAAGGGGAACUGCCCCUCCCUACCUUCAGGCUAUACUCAAAACCUACAUCCCAACCAGAGCACUCCGUUCUGCCACCUCUGGUCUCUUGGCCGUCCCACCCCUACGGGAAGUAAGUCAAAGCUUUUCUCUGUCCUGGCACCCCAAUGGGGGAACCAGCUUCCCCAUGAUUCUAGGACAGCAGAGUCCCUGCCCCCCCCCCCACCAUUUCUGUUAAGGUCCUGCGAGGUCGGCCGUCUGACCACUGUACUCAUUAGUCAUGGCCAUAGUCCACUCUACUCUGGUUGACCCCAAUUAGAGGGCACAACUGACUUCUGUAAGCCACCCUCUGGGCCUAAUGGUUGCUUUUGAAGCCUAACAAUUACAUUUGACCUGACACUGGUGUAUACAAAUCUACCUCAACAAUUACCAAGUCCCUCAGUAUAAGCCCACUUAACCUCCUUUCCAUGUUUUAAAUCUUGGUUAUGUUCUGUAGGUCUGAGAUCUAGGUCUUCAAUUCUACAGUGAAAGCAACGUUCUAAUUGAUCUGUCUGCUGCCUGUAAGUAGUGUUGUAAUUGGUCUGUUUCGCUGUGUGUUGCCUGAACAGCAGGAUGUUAGUGAGUUCACACACAAGCUGCUGGACUGGCUGGAGGAUGCUUUCCAGAUGAAGGCAGAGGAGGACAGGUACGACAACACGCCUUGCUAACGUCAACACACACACACAAACGGUGUGAUUCAUCCCCCUAGGAGACUGGACACAUCAUGCCUUCUCUGUGUUUCCAUACAGUAUAUGUAUCGUAGUGAAUUUAGUAAGCAUUUUUUGAAGGUCCAUGUAAAAAAGAGGCUAGGAGCAUUAUUCACAUGGCUUAGAGGCUAAAGCGUCCUCUUCUACCCGUUGUGUAUGUGCGCACACUGUGACUCACCCCAAUGAAUGUGUGUGUUUUGACUCUGAUCUCUUUCCGUUCCCAGAGAGGGUGAGAAGCCCAAAAACCCGAUGGUGGAGCUGUUCUACGGCCGGUUCCUGGCUGUUGGUGUUCUAGAAGGUAAGAGAGGGAAGCAAGCAUGUUAGAACGACCCUGGGUAGGAGAAGAGGUGACGGGAGAGAGAUAAGGCUCAGCCGUCAGUUCCCUGCUUCGAAGUAGCAGCAAGGAGAGGGAGGGAGAGUCCUUGCCCCUGGUAAUGAAAGGUGACCUUGUUUUAAUGAGAUGUGGCACAUGUAAAAGCACAUGGCUGCAGAGCAUUGAUCCUGGAGGACCUUGACGUCUGAUUGGAAUUUUGCUUAUUAUGCAUGACAAUACUGGCCCAGAGCCGCCAGACACAAAGCUGGGCCAGCAAGGCAGCUUCUGCUCCUUCUUAAAUGACCUUAAUGCCACAUUUGCAUGUCCGCUAACUUCCCCUCUCUAGGAUGUGUUUUUUGUUGUUGUCAGUCAGUACUCAGCUGCUGUAGUCAGUGCAGUGGGUUGGCUAAAGGCGUCCGCAUGCUUCCCAUCCGGAACAGUUCGUGCAUAUAUUGUGAUUAUGAUGUGUGCGCACAUUUUUUUCUUGAGGCAAACCGAAGUUCAGAAGCUGAAGUCUAAGCCUCUUUGUUGGUGAUUGGUCAACAGUAGGGAAUCUUCAAUGAAGUGUUUGUCAUUCAGCUAUAGACGACUAGUUUUCAUGCACAUUUCUUGACUUGAGAAAUACUGCUCCACAAAUCCUAGUUAGAUGUAAAACUGUGCGACUAAGAUCUCAUCGGCCAAAACGUAAACAUUUAUGACAGAUUUCUUGAGUUAUUUUAGAUUCAUUCUGACUAUUUUGAGGAAGUGUAUACUGGCUAAGGCAUCUCAAGAUGGGCAAACCGUACUAUUGCCGCUUUUUUCAAGCGAAGGUCGAAGUUAUGCGAGCACACUCGUUCGGUUCGCUUAGCCAAGUUUGGCUAGGUGCCAGCCGAACUGAAGCAUGCAGCAGCCUUAAGGCUCUGCAGGGCAGCAGGCUGUGCUGUAUUUACAGUCAAUUAGUGGAUGUGAUCGCCACCUGGGUUCAAGUACUACUUGUUUUCUGAUUUUCAUUGAGCUUGCCUGGCUCAAUGGAACCAAUGAUAAAGUCCUAGAAAGUAUAAAACCUGCCCAUCUGGCAUACCGAAUAGGCUCAAUCCAAAAAAGCAUAUUUGAAUUUAGGCCUGGCUAUGAUGACUGAUGCUGAACUCAGCCUGGCUGUAAAUUAGUGUGAAAUGGGUCUUCUCUCACACACACUUGACCCACUUCCUCCCUGGCCUCGCCAUAUGGUACACACACACACACACACACAGGCUAGGGCCGCACCUCUGAGGAAUAGUACUGCAUAAUAGGGCACAACUGCCUCUACCAAAUCCCAGUGCUUUUUCAGUUAGUUGUUGGUAAUGAGGCCCCAACUGUGGUUAUGUGUGGGUGUGAGGAAUGCGUGUGUUGGUGUACAAAUGUUGUUUACAUUUCUGUGCUUCUGCUCCCUUUCCUCACAGGAAAGAAGUUUGAGAACACCGAGAUGUUUGGGCAGUACCCGCUGCAGGUGAACGGCUUUAAGGACCUGCAUGAGUGUCUGGAGGCGGCCAUGAUCGAGGGGGAGAUCGAGUCCCUGCACUCAUCUGCAGAGAACUCUGCCAAGUCUGGACAGGAG